ACAAAACCCCUUUUUUACUUCACUUUAGCCAAUUUUUUUAACAAAAUCAAAAGCCCCCUAUUGUCCAUUUAUUCUCUGCUAGAGUUUCUUUUGAAACCCCUCAUUGCUGCCAUCUGACUGCCAUACCACCACCACAUAUGGUGGCCGGCAAGGUGUCGAAAGGGGCCCUUUUCUAGCCCCCGUUUGGAGCAUCCUUGAAAGCCAUGAAACCAAAACUCAAAGAUGCCGAAAGAGAGGAGAUUUUCAGCCCCUCUUGGACCCGAUUUCAGCGACGGCGACGGAGAGGAGAGCUCCGACGACGUGGCUGCGGGGGUCUCCGGUGUCAGAGGCGUGGAAGGCUGGUGGUUGGCUCGAGGGAAGGCCAAGGGUUCGGCACCACGCGUGGCUGCUGAAAAAAUAAAGGCCAACAAUGAUGACCCGCCAUCUUACAACCCGCCGGUGGUGAAGGGACAUCAGCAGUUGCAAAGGCGGCAACUGACACACAGACAGUUGUUGAGUCACCAGCCAAAAAGGGUGAAGAAGAAAAGGAUGGCUCUGCAUUGAAACAUUUGAAAGCUCAGCUUCCUCUUCAACUUUUUGCAACAGUCUUGACUUGACCACUUAACAAAGCCUCACCAGAACCAGAAGUCAUCAUGAUGCUCUUGGCUCUACUACUCCGCUGCUUACCUAUAGCAGAUGACGGUGUUUCCAUUGCAAGCCCAACAAUAGGUGAGUAGUCAUUUGUUAUAUCAACAAGAGCAGACCUUUCUUGUGGCUGUUUCCCAUUUACUAAAAAACAGUGAAGAAGAAUACCAUCACCUGAAAGGCUACCGUAUACCCUCCCGAGUUUGGCAUUCUACUGCUACGGAAAACGUUAAUAAUCUUUUCGAGAAUCCCGAAACUUCCUCCUCCUUUCCAAUCUUUGGAAGGUGGUGAUGAUGAUGAUGAUGAUGACAUGGAAGAAGCUAUCCGGAUUUCGUUGAGAGAUCUUCUAAUUGGCGACGGAGAUAUUCCGUUUUCAUAGUCAUCAUCUUCGUCGGAGGCGGAUGCGCUUGAAGGAUUGCCAACCGAUACUUACUGCGUUUCGAAACCGAAACAAUCGCCGGAAUCAUCGUUGAACAGGGGUGAGAAGAGUAAAUCGGCGAGAUCAUCAUCCUCAAUUAGGAUAUAUAUAUAUAUAUAUAUAUGUGUUGUAUAUAUAUAAUGUUUAACAUACUACAAAUCGGAAAGGGAUGAUAAUAACAAAAUAAAUAAAUAAUUAGUUUUAGAUGAAUAA